AUGCCCUACUUGCUUGCAAGAGCCAACUCAACUUCAACUGCAGCCGAGGCGGCGGCCACCAGCAAAGCUGCUGCUACUACUACCGCGGCUGCCACAAUUGACGUGACCACUCUACUCUUCGAUAUUAACAUUGCUUUCCUCUGCUUUGCUGGCCUCUUCGUCCUUCUUGCAUUGCCCAGAGCAAUUACACGUUUCAUUCAUUUCUCCGAAUGGUUUGCAGGAUGCUUUUUCCGCUCUGCCAAGGUUUCGGGUGCCGCCCGCUCAAUACGUCCACUUAAGACUGGCUCCCAGUCCGUACGAUCAGGGAUGGAUAGCUCAGAUGCCGAGAAGGACGAAGUUACACGUGUGGAGACUAACUCUGCAUAUUCGCCAUCAACCAACACUACCGCCUUCCCGUCGUCUUCUCCCAAAGUUUCGAAAUCCGCAGACAUGCCGGCGUACAUGCCCGCAUGGUCCUCUAUGUUCCCCACGAUCACAUCUAUCCUCAGUAUGAAGCUGAGACCGGGUUACCCUCUCGGAAAGAUGAUUAUUUUUCUCGCCUAUACGGUGGUCCUGCUCUACGCGGCGCUCAUCGACGUCGACUUGUUCAAGAGUCCGGCUCGGCUUGGAGAAGUGGCGGCCAGUCAGUUCCCGGUCAUCUAUAUCUUGGCGACGAAGAACAAUGUGUUUGGCACGCUUGUUGGUCUCGGGUACGAAAAGCUGAACGUUUUCCAUCGAUGGGCAGGGCGCCUCAUCGUCCUCGCUGUCAACUUGCACGCGUUGGCUUAUUUCGCGAAAUGGUCCGAAGAGACAGGUGGUAUCGCAGCGAACAUGACGACGAGCCACAUCUGGGGUUGUGUCGCUCUGGGCUCAAUGGACGUGAUCUGCCUCUUUUCGCUUCCGAUUGUCCGGCAGAUGUACUACCAGCUCUUCUUCGUAACCCACGUUGUCGCCGCUGUUGUACUUCUCUUCGCGACCGUAUACCACGAGGCAUUCUCGUUGCCAUACGUGAUCAUCGCUGCGUCUCUGUACGGCGCCGACCGCGUUGUGCGCAUGAUCCAGACGCGCAUUGUUACCGCCCAUCUCCGUCCUAUCCCUGAGCUGGGCAUGACACGCAUUGAGAUCCCGUGGGCCAACGCGGGUUGGCGCGCUGGUCAGCAUGUCCGGAUCAGGGUGAUGUCUCUUGGGAUGGGCCCGCUCGGUUGGAUGGAAAGCCACCCCUUUACGAUUGCCAGUGUGAGCCAGGUACGUUGCCCAAGUGGAAACCAGGAUGGCCUUGUGUUGAUGUGCAAGAAGGCUGGAGACUGGACUACCAGGCUGUUUGAGACAGCCCAGCGUUCAGAGUAUGGGGAGAUGGGUGGCGCAGGACGAAGCGUGAAGGUCAUGCUCAACGGUCCUUAUGGCGGUCCAGGGCAUGCCCUCAUGAACAGUUUCUCUGGGGCUCUCCUGGUUACUGGCGGCAGUGGCGUUACGUACGCUCUGUCAACGGUGCAGGAUAUGAUGAAGAGAAGUGCCGAGGGCACGAGUCGCGUGCGCGUCAUUGAUUUCGUCUGGAGUAUAACUGAUCCAUCUUCCCUCUUCCCCAUGCUGCCGCUCUUCAACGGUUUACUCGCUGAGGCUCAGUCCUCAUACACACUCCUCCGUAUCUCGGUUCACUAUACACGGGCAACUCUAUCCGAAGAUGUCUUCAAGCCGUUCGAGCGCCUGCCUCUAGGGCUCACUCUCUCGCCCGGACGUCCACGUCUGGGAAAAGUGCUUGAGGAUUUGGUCGACCGCACACGCGACACUGAGGGAGUGGACGGACAUCUCACGGGCGUCGUCAUGGGUGUGUGUGGCCCGAUGGCUCUCGGAGAGGAGGCUGGGCGCGCAUUAAGACUGCUUGAUAGCGGGAAGAAGAAGGCCGUCGGAGGAGUUGAGCUACAUGAGGAGUACGUAUUUCGUGUUGUCACUUGCCUUUCGCCCACUAAUGCUAACAUUGACACAGGAUUUUCGGUUGGUAAUCGUGGACGGCCGCCUCUCCUCGUGCUCUGCGUUGCUUCUGAUUGA